UCCGAAUCGCUAUCUUGCCGACUUGUUCUCACGUGUUUUCGACAGCUUAUUUUACCGCCUUCACAAAACAAGGAUUGACGGCGAUAGACAAGAAAAUGGAGAAAAUGACAAUUGGUAGUGAACACAAUGUACAGUUCAGGAUAUGGGGAGAACUAGAAGAACUUCCUACAAUAGACAGCACUCUCAAGCUUUAUGAGAAAACCAAACGAAUGUGCUCCAUGACCGAGUUUGGGUUCUCUGCAGUUGAAAGGGGUUUGAAUUUCCUGGUGGAUACUCUACGAAUCAAAAGACUGGCUGGUUCCAAAAUUGACGUAUUCGCUGGAAAGAAAAUAGCAGACCUAAAGGAUUCAUAUCCGUUGCUUCAGGAAAGACCAUCGAAGAUAAUUAGAAAAACCCGACAGAGGUCACUGAGGUAUAUGAAGAGGAAAACCCACUCAGCUCUCGACAAUUUCUUGGGCAAAUCUCUAACGUUUGGAAUCGACUCGAUGCUCUGGGUGACGGAGAACACUCUGCAGCUUUUGGGACCGAAAACUCCUACCACGUCAGAAAAGCAUGUGCAGACGUCACCUAUUUCUGUAGAUUUAAACAGAGACAGAAUACUGGAUGAGAAAAUUACGGAAAGAGUGUGGGUAGACGAGAUUACAGAUGAGAACCGGAGUAAAAUUGAUUUGUUCAGAAAAUUUAUGCUGUUUCCGAUGUCCGUUUUCGUUUGCUUCCUGAAAGAAACCAGAGCGAUUAUAAAUGGAUCGGGAGAUCACAAGAAAGCGAGAUGUGCCGCGAGAAAAUCGGCUCGGUCUGUUGGUGCGAAGACAAUUACCCCUGAAAAACUGGAAGAGAUACAAGGCCGCAGAAAACUAUCGCCCAAAAAACGGCUUCCUCCAUCUUCUUUCCUGAGUAAUCUGAAGAACUUCGCCUUUCGCUUAUUCGGAUUACCAACGAGUCACGUCAAGCAGACAGACAUCAGGGAGUUUCUCACCUGUAGCAAACACAAGUCGCUGAAUGAGUGCUCCCUGCUGACAUGUGAGAAGAAGAAGAGGAAGCACCCCGGCCUAUCGUCGGACUCGGGGGACGAUCUUAUUAACAUGGAUUUAGACGGCUAUUUGUCUGAAGAUGAUCCAGAUUUCGAGCUGACAGACGAGGAAAGCACCGAUGAUACAAUUGAGACGGAAGACGAAGUUUCGGAGGGAGACCUGAAGGUGGCGUUCACGGAGGACGGAAUGUUUAAAAUGCUCGAGGACAAAUCCGACACGAACAAAGUUGCGGAUGAAAAGCAAGGCGACAAUUCAUCGAAACAGACAGACUGCGACGUAAGCGAGAAAUCUGUGUUGAAGCCGUCGUUUGAGAUUGGAGACACUAAGAUUCCAAAGACAAUGGAGAAAACAGAUUCGGAAACCCAAACGAAAUCAGUAGAAAAAACUUCUAUACCAGUUCAAAAAGUCUCCGACGGUCCAGUGGCUUCUUUGCAACCAUCAAAACCAACACUGGAAUCUACUGUACAUUCACAACCACUACGCCCACCAUCCGCAUCCAACCCACCCGCACAGCAAUUAAAGUCACCGCGAGCAAAUAAAAAUAAGCAGGGUAAAUCUGGAGGUCCGAAAACCACUUCGCCCGCAUCCAAAUGCGAAUCGCAAGAAAACAAGAUAAAAUCGACUUCAGAUUCCAAAGAGAUCUAGCAAUAUGGAGGAGGGGAAAGUAUAUCAUUUACAAAAUAGAUGCAGGAGAAAAUAAAGGCUUAUAUACUACUGUUAAAGGACCAGGGGUGUAUAUUGAUAUCAUUACAAGCCUAGAGUCGAUUUCUAUGUAUAUGUUUCUGAUAAAGUUUGACUGUAGUAUGCAUGCUAGUAAUGUGAAUAUGUUGUGAUCUUAAGUGUUUAAAUUGUAAUAAAAGAAUUUGAUUGGUCAGAA